AAACCACCGAACUUUGUGACCUCGUACGGUCAAACAUCGGAAGAAACGAAGCUGCAAACUCACACCGGUGGUAGAAGUUUCUGCUUCUCUCUCUCUCUCUCUCUCAUCGAUAUGGUUGGGAGAGAAGAGAAUCGUGUAUUUGUGGGAGGAUUGGCAUGGGAGACUUCUCAUCGACACCUUCAAGACGCUUUCAGUCGCUAUGGCGAAAUUCUCGAAUGUGUGGUUGUGGCGGACCGAGACACGGGCCGCCCUCGCGGGUUUGGAUUUGUAACCUUUGCUGAUCAUCGAGCUAUGGACAAUGCAAUCAAUGAUAUGGAUGGUCGGGAGUUAGACGGCCGGGUUAUCUCGGUGAACAAGGCGAAGCCAAAAGUUAGUGACGAGGAUGUUGGUUUUGAGUAUGGCAGGGACUACAUUUCAGGUGGCAGUCACAGGGGAGGAGACAGAUUGGCAGGGCGUUCCGACUGUUUUAAGUGCGGUCAUCCUGGACAUUUUGCACGUGAGUGCCCUUUGGGCGAUGGUGGGGGGCGUUUCUCAUCGCAGUUUGGCUCUGGCAGAGGUGGCGGCCGUGGAGAUCGUUUCAGGUUGGACCCUUAUGAUGAUCACUUCAGCCGGGAGCGUUAUGGAGACAGGGAUCAUUUGAAUAUUAGAGAUAGCCGGUACGAGAGCCAUGACCGUUAUGGCAGUGAUAGAUAUAACAGGUAUGCACCUGCUCGUGAAGGCUAUGCAGGUGACAGAUAUGUCGAUCGGGAACUUCAAAAUGAGUAUGGCAGUGACAGAGGUUAUUUCAGGGAUGGAGGGCUGAGACUUGGUGGUGACAGGUAUGGAAGUGGAGGGCCAGACCGGUUGGACAGGGGAAGCUAUAGGGAUAGAACCGGUCCUUAUGACCGUCACCGAAGGGUAGACCAUCUAUCAUCAUACGAUCGGUACUGAGGCGGGUGGUCAGUUUCUUUGUUAGGAUGACUUUCAGAUGACACCAGUUUGUCUGCUUUUCAGUUUCUGAUUCAUGUGAAGGAGGCAUUGCGUAGCUAGUUGCUUUGUCUGUUGCGAUCGACCUAAUGUAGUUCUCUUGUUUCUUUCUUAGCUUUAAAUGAUUGGAAUUUGGAAGUUGUCAAACUUGAAUGUCUAGAACUCAAUUUGGGUAUGUUAUGGUUGAUUCUUACUUCAGUGAGAAAGGGACAGGAAAUUGAAUUGAACUAGCAAUGCAUAUUGUUUAUCGAAA